AUGGAAAACUUCAGGGAAUGCUCUCCGGGAAGUGGUUUCUUGGAGGUCCGGGAGAGAGAAUUGGGUUUAUGUCGACCUGUUGUCUUCACGCGUCGAGCCGGUGGCUCUGAGGUUUCCCAAAUUUUCAAUUGUUUGUUUAAUUUUCCUGAGUUUUCCCGAGCCUGAGUUUAGAUGUGCAAAGUUAAUUUUAUGCCGAUGUUAUGAUUUAACGCACUUUUUAGUACUAUGUUUGGAUCGACUGCUCAGUGGAGUUGGAAAUGUUUAGGGAUUCGGUCAGUGAUGUAUUGCCGCGGUCACGGUACUCAUUUCACAACAGCAUAUUCAACGUUGGCGUCGGAAUAUUGUGCUAAAAUUGGAUGUUAUUAUCAUCAUCUUUUAAAUGAUAAUUACAAUGAUCUUCUCAUAAUCAAUGUAACUGUCUCUGCAGCUGCAGCCGAAGUUCUUAAAUUGCACCUGUGUGUAUUCUACGGGCUAAAACGUUACUUUCCUCAUCGUUUUCGGAUGAGACGAUGGUUUUGUUUUUUGUUUCCCUGCUUGUGUACUAGUUGAGACAGAGAUGUUCUCAUAUGCUAUUUCCGAACUCUUUCUUUUCUAUAUUUCUCAUUCAAAAGUCCAAGAAUCCUUUUGGACGUUCUUCAUUACUUUUACGAGGUUACGUUAUGUUCAUGGAGCUUUUCCUUCCCUUUACUGGUUUUCCAAGAUUUUUUAUGGAGUUUUAUCCAAAACUAUGUUCAUCUGGUGGUUGCAUCACUCAGUAUGCAAAAUUGGAGUCAUAGACUUGCUCCUGUAGUGUACGUGAUGACAGAUGUCUGUGGUAGAUAGGCGAUGGGGCCUUUAUCUUCUCCAAUCAGUUAUCAAAUGAUCCAUGGGCUUGUAAAAGUGGAUCUACUGAGGGCAUCGAUUGGAUCAAUAGCAGUACAUAUCUGUAGGGCGAUGAUGUCACUUAGUGGAGUGUAAGUAUUCUUUUAUAUUUGAGGAGGAAGUAGUUGUUUUUUCAUCUUCCAUCUGGGUAUCUGUGAUUUGGAGGACAAGGAAUACACAGGUAAUUGAAUCGAUGUGCAGCAUAAUGAAGUGAAUGCUCUGUGCAAAGCUUCCUUCUUCCUUUGCUGAUCAAAGGUGAAACUGGGGAAGGAUUUCUAAUAUUCGAUGUGGGAUGAUUCCUGGGCUAAUAAUAUGCUAGACUUGACUGAAGUUUUUGCAUAGUUAUUUUUCAUCAUCAAUGUGGGACACUGGACAAAUUUGAUGGAGAUGAAUUUAUCGUCCAUUCAUGAUAAUCCAUCUGUGUGGACACCACAUUAGGCAAACCUUUAUGUCCCCUAGACCCCUUCUCUCUUUGAGAGAAAAUUGGUUUCAGGUUGUGUGUAAGCCUUGAAGGUGGGUAAUGCAAGAGAGCGAAACUAAUUAUGAUGCCUUAUCUUCAGAUCUACUGAAUUGUCCAUUCCAUGCUUAAGAACAGAUACUUCUUUGUUAUAAAAGAAAGCGAAACUAAAAAUCUACUUCUUUUGCAUCUAGAAGACAGAUAAUCUUGAAUGUUGAGAUUGAAUCACAGACUAAUAAUUUUGCUUUCAAGGAUGCCUCUUUUCUUCCUCUUCAUGAAAUGAAUAUUGCUUGAUUUGAUGAAACAUCGUUCAGUUAGCUUCAUUAAAUAUGCUUCAAAAUGAUUGAUUACUUACACAUUUAUUUUGUUGGGCAGACACUUGUGAAGCGGCUUAAUUUGUAUGCAAAGCUAAAGGGACAUGAAGGUUGUGUAAAUACGGUGCAUUUUAAUCCUUCUGGCGACUUACUUGCCUCAGGUUCUGACGACAAACAAGUAAUAUUCUGGAAUUGGGCAGUUAAGAGUAAAAAGCUCUCAUAUCAUUCUGGUCACAGUGACAAUGUUUUCCAGGCAAGAAUCAUGCCAUUCACAGAUGACAAAAAAGUGAUAACUUCGGCUGCUGAUGGGCAGGUUGGUCUUAUCUGUUGCUUGUAAUUUUCUAAUUUCUUGAAUUUUUUCAAUGACUUUUAUGGCAAAAGAUGUUGACCUACCUGGAGAAGAAGUGGUGAGCUGAACAUUAGCAUUCUGAUAUGUGUUUUUCUCAAAGGUUUUAAUUUGAUAUGUUACUAGAAUAAUAAUAAUAAUAGCAUGUAUCAAUGUUGUAAGGGUGACGGGCGUUUGAUGUUUCAUUCCUGGCACAUCAGCCGUAAAUUUGCUUUCCUUUGUCUAUUUUUUUAUGGACUUUAUUUCUAAAGAUUAUUUUAAUUUGAUUCAAACUAAGAGUUAUUCAUUCUGUUGACGCUCAUCCCUCAAAAAACUAUUAUUGUUACGUCAUUGAAAUAUAACCUUUUUCCGUGUGUUAUCCUCAAUAGUUCAUGCUGGACUUUUAUAGCUGGAACGUGUACUGGAUGUUCUCUUUAAUAACAGCCAACUUAUAAGAUUCCUACCUGUCCUCUAGCGUCCAAGUAUAUUUAAAGAUGACGAUCAUCAAUCAUAUUGUUCAAAUCAUAUGAUUUAGAGAGUGAAAACCUGAGGUUUGUGAGCAUCAGGUGUCCAUUGAUGGAGCUAAGAUUACUUGAGUUGGCAAUGUCGUCGAUUAGGAUCUAUUUUCAAAUUCCCAUAGCUUAGAACAAGCCGUCUGGAAAUUUAAACACAAAAUAAUUAAACUGUGGAAAGUAUUGCGUUUCUGUAAGAAGUAUUUGGCGAACGGCAUUGCCUCCUCUUGAACCUGGUUCGCCCUGCCCCUGUGAUUAUCCUCCCAAAAAUAUUCUGGAAUAACGUACGCCUCUAUGAAGUCAGUUCUUCAGUUCUGUCCCAGUCACCAGAUAUUACAGCAAUUAUCAGCCAACCUAGACUCCCACGACCCUGAACGAGACCGUGGUUCUGAACAGUCAUUCCCUUUUGUGCAGGUCAGAGUUGGCCAGAUAUCAGACGAUGGACGUGUCCACACAAAAAAGCUUGGAACCCAUCAAGGGCGUGCCCACAAACUGGCCAUAGAACCUGGCAGCCCUUAUAUAUUCUACAGCUGCGGAGAGGAUGGAUAUGUACAGCAUGUAGGCCACUGAAUCCACAACCUUCACUCUGCGUUCCCCUCCUUCCCUCCCAAAGAGAUUGGUUUUCUAUCACCAGGUGUUUAGAUUCUCCACGCUUGAUCUUUGCAGUUUGAUCUACGAAGCACUUCUGCUACAAAGCUUUUCUUGUGCUCUUCACCGACAGAAAGCAGAAGACCCGUCGGAUUGAAUGCGAUCGUGAUGGAUCCUCGCAACCCACAUUAUUUCUCUGUUGGUGGCCUUGAUGAAUACGCCCGAGUCUAUGACAUAAGAAAUUACCGGUGGGAUUCAACAGUAGAUGGUGAUCAUCCCGUGAAUAAAUUCAGCCCUCGCCACCUGACAGACUCUGCGAAGGUCAACAUCACCGGCCUGGCCUACUCAAGAAAGAGUGAGCUCCUCGUCUCCUACAAUGAUGAGCUCAUAUAUCUCUUUCCGAAAGAUAUGGACGCCAGCCAAGACCCCCAGGUGUACUCGGGCCACAGAAAUUCCCAAACAGUGAAAGGGGUGAGCUUCUUCGGCCCCAAUGACGAGUAUGUUGUGAGUGGAUCGGACUGUGGGCAUGUGUUCGUAUGGAAGAAGAAGGGGGGCGAGCUUGUCCGUCUGAUGGUUGGUGAUAAGAACAUUGUGAACUGCAUCGAACCCCACCCUCACGUCCCCUUUCUUGCCACCAGCGGGUUAGAGAAGAACAUAAAGCUCUGGAUGCCCAUAGCCAAGAAGGCCGGUCCCGCCCUACCAAGCAACGUGGAAGAGGUGAAACCAUCGAUGUAUAUUGAUUUUGUGGCCAAGUUUGCGAUGUUCAUCAUGCUUUCUGAUUCAAUCAUGCGGCUUGCAGAUCAUGGAGUUGAACAAGCGGGGAAGAGAAGAUCACCCCCGGAUAACUCUCUCCCCCGAUGUCAUAAUGCAUGUCCUCAGGUUGCAGAGGAGGCGGGCAUUAGCUUUCAUUGAGCGGAGGGAGCCUGGCUCCGCCGCUGACAAUGAUGAUGAUGAUGAUGAUGGUGAUGAUGAAGGAGAGGCGUUCAUUCUGGGAUUCACAGAGAGCGACGAUGCCUCUGGAGCAGAGUUCAACCCCAGCGGCUGUUCCAUUUGCUGA